AACCUAACGGAUGCUUCAUGGAGUGAAAGGGGCUGAGCAGAAGCAAAAAAGCAUAAAGAGGACCAACCACCAUUGAAGAAUCUUCUUCAUUCUUCUUCUUCUUCCCCCCCUCUCCCCCUCCUCUCCCGCUUUCGAGGAGAGAACCCCGACACGAACGCAACCCACAAAACGCCGAUGGUGAGAUAGAGAGAGAGAGAGAGAGAGAGAGAGAGAGCUGUCAUCAGCUGUGUGAUCUAACCGUAGCCCUAGAAUCCUGGGACACCCAAGAACUCCUCCUCCUCCAUUGAAGAGCUCUCUCACCUCUUCUUUCGUAUCUAUUCACAUCCCAACUUCUUGAUUCCAUUUUCCUGGAGAAAUAUGUCCGACCCAGGUGGAUCUCCUCCUCCUCCUCCUCCCCCCUCGCAGAACAAGGACCGCUUGAUCGCCACCUGCCUCGCCGGCGGGCUGGUUAUCGGCGUCUCCGCCCUUCUUGGCCUCUACCUCUCCGGAAGCGGCACCGACCCCCUCGGCCUCGGCUCCAGACUCCGCCGCCGCAGGAAAGGCGGCCGCCGCCCCGUUAGGGUUUACAUGGACGGGUGCUUCGACAUGAUGCACUACGGCCACUGCAACGCCCUCAGGCAGGCUCGUGCUCUGGGUGACCAGCUGGUUGUCGGGGUCGUGAGCGACGAUGAGAUCAUUGCCAACAAGGGCCCCCCCGUUACUCCCUUGAGCGAGAGAAUGAUAAUGGUGCAUGCGGUGAAGUGGGUCGACGAGGUCAUCCCCGAUGCUCCCUACGCCAUAACCGAGGAUUUCAUGAGGAAGCUCUUCGACGAGUACAAGAUUGAUUACAUCAUCCAUGGGGACGAUCCUUGCGUGCUCCCCGAUGGGACCGACGCCUAUGCGCUCGCAAAGAAGGCGGGUCGGUACAAGCAGAUUAAGCGCACCGAGGGAGUUUCCAGCACCGACAUUGUUGGGCGCAUGCUCCUCUGUGUGAGGGAGAGGUCUGUAAGUGACACUCACAAGAACCAGAAUCAUUCGUCCCUACAGAGACAGUUUAGCCAUGGCCACAGUCAAAAAAUCGACGAUGGUGGAUCUUGUAGCGGAACUCGUGUCUCACAUUUUCUCCCAACAUCUCGGAGGAUUGUCCAAUUCUCUAAUGGAAAGGGGCCAGGACCAGAUGCUCGUAUAAUUUAUAUAGCUGGUGCAUUUGAUCUUUUCCAUGCUGGACAUGUAGAGAUUUUGAGGCUUGCCCGUGGACUCGGGGAUUUCCUUCUUGUUGGCAUACACACUGAUCAGACAGUCAGUGCUAGUAGAGGAGCACAUCGCCCUAUCAUGAAUCUUCAUGAGAGAAGCUUGAGUGUUUUGGCCUGCCGGUAUGUGGAUGAAGUGAUAAUUGGUGCUCCAUGGGAAGUGUCAAAAGAUAUGAUCACCACUUUCAACAUCUCACUAGUUGUCCAUGGAACGAUAUCAGAGAGCAACGAUUUUCAGAAGGAUGAAGGCAAUCCAUAUGCUGUCCCGAUCGGCAUGGGUAUCUUCAAAGUCUUGGAAAGCCCUCUCGAUAUCACAACUACGACGAUAAUUAGGAGGAUAGUAGCUAAUCACGAAGCUUUCCUGAAACGGAACGAGAAGAAGGCAGAGAGCGAGAGGAGGUAUUACGAGGGCAAGGGCUAUGUGUCUGGGGAUUGAUGAUGCCCAUGCAAUCUCGUGUCGUGCAAUGCAUCCUACCCUUUUUUUCUUAUUAUUACACUGCAGCUAGCUAGGUUUCUCUAUGAUAAGAAGAGCGAUUUCUGGCGAUCAUCAUAGGCUUCUGAGUUUGAGUUUAGGUUUGCGAUUCGUUUGCUCCCUUUUGUAUCCCUUUUUUUCCGGAAAUGACAGUAGGUAAGAAUUAGAGAGAGAGGGCGAGAGAUCCGUCCGAUAGGUCGAUGCGACGUAUCAUCUGUAAGAGCAGCAUUUAUUUAUUAUUUGCAAUAAAGAAAUUACACCUUUUAGAGAUA